AUGAAGUCGGGUGCGUCUGUCGCCGGCUCUCUGCUUUCUUCCGGCUCGGCCGCUUCUUCACACGGCCCCAAGUCAACGUCGCCCAACCUCUGCUUGCCUGUCAAUGCCAUUCUAAGGCCGGCGACGAACAUCUUCAGCUACGACACCAUGAAUCCCGCGCCGGACAUGUAUUACUCACAGCACAUGUCGGGCGGCCAGCCGGCGCCGCCGCAGACAGUCACAUCGGGCAAUAUGCAUUACCCUCAACACCAGACCACGUUGAUGCACCCCGGGCCUGCCAAUUACUCGAGCAAUCCAUAUGGCCAGUACCAGUACGCCAACGGCCUCACUUCACCACCAGCCGCCCAGCCAGUUUCAAACCCAAUGGCCGGCGGGCCCUCGACAGUCCUGCCGCUCCCAGGAGUCUCGGGACCUCAAGCACCUCUGCCCAGCCAAUAUACUGGGUUCGACACUACCGGCCAACAUCCACCGCCCGGGAUGAAGCCGCGAGUAACUGCUACUCUGUGGGAGGACGAGGGCAGUCUGUGCUUCCAGGUCGAAGCUCGCGGCAUCUGUGUCGCUAGACGUGAAGAUAACCACAUGAUCAACGGCACGAAGCUGCUUAACGUUGCUGGAAUGACCCGCGGCAGAAGAGACGGCAUUUUGAAAAGCGAAAAAGUUCGUCACGUUGUUAAAAUCGGACCAAUGCAUCUGAAGGGUGUCUGGAUACCUUACGAGCGAGCCCUUGACUUUGCCAACAAGGAGAAGAUUACGGAAAUGUUGUACCCCCUAUUCGUGCACAACAUUGGAGCGCUCCUCUACCACCCUACAAACCAGAACCGCACGAGCCAAGUCAUGGCCGCUGCUGAGCGUCGCAAGCAGGAACAGGGCCAAAUAAGGAACCCGCCUCCUGGACUUCCGUCGAUUCAACAGCAUCACCAGCCAAUGGCCCUUCCCGGCCCGCAGCAGCCUCUGCCCUCACACGCCAGCAUAGGCGGCGGCCGUCCACCACUGGACCGGGCCCAUACGUUUCCCACCCCCCCCAACGGCACCUCGGCAGUCCUGGGCAGCAUGGGAGCAUCCGACAACUUCGGCUGGCAAGGUCAGGGGAUGAACGGGGCUCAAGGUACCAACCCACUUGCCGUUGAACAUGGUUUAAGCAAUGCUCGUUCCAUGCCAAACACACCAGCUACCACUCCUCCAGGCCAGUCCAUCCAGAGCAUGCAGUCGUACCCUCAGCCCGCCCAGGGCUACGACGGCGCACGCCAGAUGUACGGCGACUCGGCCUCCCAGCAGUCGCCCUACCAGACGUCCAACUCCGCAAGCAGUGACCGCCUGUACUCGCAGCCCAGCCAGUAUCCCAAGAACGACAUGGGCCCUCCCUCGAGCAGGCCGGCCGGCGCCGGCCAGCCUGCCGAGCAGCACGAGGCCAAGUCUUCCAACGGCAUCAUGGCGCCUGACCAGCCCGCGCACCACGAGGACGAGGGCGACCAUGAGCACGAGGCCGAGUACACCCAUCACAGCGCCGCCUACGACGCGUCCCGCUCGUCCUACAACUACACGGCGCCGAGCGUGGGCUCGCUGGCCGGCGACGCCAACAUCAACCCCAACAUGACGGGAUCUCCCGGGCACCCCUCGGCCUCGGGAAGGGCGACGCCUAGAACAACGGCUCCCCAUCAGUCAUAUUACCCCCAGAGCUCGGGCUACAACACCCCGCCUCGAGUGCAGCAGACCUCGAGCAGUCUCUACAGCGCGGUCGGCAGCGACCGAGGUUCGGCCGGCGGCUCUGGUCCUGGCGGUGAGGUGUACGCGCCGACCACGGACAUGUCCAGCACCAUGACUAAUGGCUAUAGCGCGCAGCCGUCUCUGAUGAACGGAGCUGCGGCGGGCAUGAAGCGUGGCCGGGAAGACGACGAGGACCUUUCUCAGUCCAGCCAUGACGGUCCAGGAGGCAUGGCAAACCUCGACCUUAAGAGACGCAAGACCAUGAUGGAGACGUCGGUAGCCGCCCCCGCCUACGAUACGUUGAGCCGACCUGCUUCUGCCAUUGCGGCUUCACGGCGAAGAUGA